GGUCCGCCAUGCGCUCCGCCGCAGUCCUGGCUCUCCUGCUCUGCGCCGGGCAAGUCACUGCCCUCCCUGUGAACAGCCCCAUGAAUAAAGGGGACAUGGAGGUAAUGAGGUGCAUCGUCGAAGUCAUCUCUGACACGCUUGCCAAGCCCAGCCCCAUGCCCAUCAGUCAGGAGUGCUUUGAGACGCUCCGAGGAGACGAGCGGAUCCUCUCCAUCCUGCGACAUCAGGACUUACUGAAGGAGCUCCAGGACCUCGCUCUCCAAGGGGCCCAGGAGCGGGCACGUGAGCAUAAGAAGCACAGCAGCUUUGAGGAUGAACUCUCAGCAGUUCUUGACCACCAGGGCAGCCCAGCCCAGCUGGAAGAGGUGACAGACGAGGCACCCUCCACAGAUGCUGUGGAGAAGAGGGAGGACCCUGAAGAGGCACCGAUGAAUGAAGCCACAGACGGAGCCGGGCCCCAGGCCAUCCCAGAGCCCAGGCAGGAGCCCGAGAUCGAGGGGGGUAGCCAGGCCCUUGGGGGGCAGGGGCAGGGGCAAGAGGCCACCAACACCCACCUCACAACCAGCGCCCCCAGUCAGAAACACCCAGGCCUGCAAGCCUCGGGGGCCAUGGAGGACCCUUCCCGGGGCCUGGUGGACAGAGAGAAGGACCCGAGUGCAGAGGCGGGGCAGCCGGCAGAGCAGGAGGAGCCAGAGGAGGCCAAGGCCGGAGUGACUGCUGUCCCUGAGGAAGAGGGCCCCCACCCAAGCCUUGGCUACAAGGGACUCCGGAAAGGUGAGGGUCAGUUGGAGGCCCUGGCGGCGGAUGGAGCCCAGAAGGCUGAGGCUGAGGAGGCUCAGCCCCCCGAGGGGAAGGGCAAGCAGGAGCACCUCCGGCAAGAGGAGCAGGAGGGGGGCCCUGGAGGUCUCUUCCAGGGUGGGAAGGGUGAGAAGCAGCUGCAGGAGCAGGAGGAGGAGCAGAUCUCCAAGGAGUGGGAGGAUGCAAAGCGCUGGAGCAAGCUGGAUCAGAUGGCCUCAGAGCUGACCGCCGAGAAGGGGCUGCGGGGGGUGGAUGAAGAGGAUGACUCUGACCGUGCCAUGAAGCUCUCCCUCAGGUCCCGGGCCUAUGGCCUCCGGGGUCCCAGGUUGCAGCUGCGACGAGGCUGGAGGCCGUCCUCCCGGGAGGACAGCCUGGAGGCUGGCCUGCCCGUCCAGGUCCGCGGCUUCCCGGAGGAGAAGAAGGAAGAGGAGGGCAGCGCCAACCGUAGGCCAGAGGACCAGGAACUAGAGAGCCUGUCAGCCAUUGAGGCGGAGCUGGAGAAGGUAGCCCACCAACUGCAGGCACUGCGGCGUGGCUGAUGAGGCCUCCUGGGGCCCUGGCCCUGCUGUCCCCUGGCAGAUCCCAGCCAGAUGGCCCAGAGUGUCCAGGAGGAAUGCAGCCUCUGCCCACCACACCCAGGCCACCGUCACCCCAUGUGCCCGUCUUGCUCUUGACUCCUGCCCUGGAACACCCUCUGCUCUGCAGGGAGCCACAGUAAUUCCAUAUUUGAACACAGGCAGCUUUCUAGAAGGUUCCCUCCCACCUUCACGUCCACUGGGCACAUUGCACAGCUGCUAACCUAUGGUGAAAACUGAGAACUCCUGAUUGUAAUAUGUUCUGUAUAAAAUGUAUCUGAGGAAAAAUAAAUCUGUUCUGGGCUCUUUC